AUGGCAGCUAUGCUGACCAGCUUUAGACCAAUGCCACAUGGGAGCCAAUGGCGGGAGAUUGAACCCCUCAGGCGAUCAGAGGCUUUUGUCAGAGGCUCCAGUUCAAAACCGGAUGCCAUUAUCCAGCCAACCAGAUUCAGCACAUGGACGCCAGUGAUCCAUAAAGCAGCCAAUCAGCAGCUCUUUGAUGAGAGAGUGGCUCUGGUAAGUCAUUGGUUUGACCUGUGGACCGACAAACAGAGGAAACGGUUUAUCCAGAGUCUCCUAAUGCGCUGCAGUAAAUCGCUGCUCAGAUUCAUCCAGAAAUGGUUUGCCGAGACUAUCCCAGUGACCAGCCUUGAUUUCACCACCAUUCUGCCACGGUUCCUGUCGCUUUACAUCUUCUCAUUCCUGAAUCCCAGAGAACUGUGCUCCGUCUCCCAGGUUAACUGGCACUGGAGGUUUCUGUCAGAGCAGGAUUGCCUCUGGAUGCCCAAAUGUGUGAAACGAGGCUGGUUCCUGCCAUACACACCCCCUGACCACGAAUAUGGGGCAUGGAAACGCCAUUAUGUGGCAUGUGCCCGCAGCCUAGAUUACCUCACCCCGGCAGAGACCGCUGAGGUGUACGGGAUCCUGGAAGAGCCCAAGAAGAAGCUGGAGGGCAGUGAGGACGAGUGGACCGAAAGGCUCCUGAGGAGGUUAAUCCAGGCCAGGCUGGCGGGGCAGAAGAAGGAAUUAUUGAGGUCCAGGCCCCCUUGGUUGAGUGGAAAAUGGAAUUCUCAUCAUCGGGAUAGAAGAUCCCAGGCAGUGUUGGGGCGCCCUCACCUCAGCUCCACAUUAUUGCAGCUGACAGAUAAAACCCUCCAGAUGAAUGUGACCCUUUCCCAACUCCUGAGGGAGGAGAUCCGAUCGCCAGGUUUGUGGAGUCCAGAAGUGGAGAAAAGGCAGGUGCAGGGAUCGCUCCGAGUGCUGUGUGACAGGAAAAGCCUGGCUGGAGGAGGGAGCUACCCUGUACUGCCUCACACCGAAUCUGCCAGACCAGCAGGGUACAGCUCUGACCAACCACGGGUCAUCCUCAUAUCAUCCAGGAUUCCAGCCUGGGAGAUGGUUGUGGACUGUGUGAAGAUUGGUGUACUGUCCCUGUUAUAUGAGUACUCUGGGACGACGCCAGACAGCCUCCUCUACCGUCUGGAAAAAGUGCUGAGGGGUCGGAGAGCCAGAAGCAUUGGGAUUGUCGCUGAGGGGGACUCGACGGAGAUAGACUUGGUACAAGGCUGCAAAAUCAGCUCAAAGAAUCUUCCAGAGGCUGAGGUGAGGGGAUUCUGGGAAAAUAUGAGUGGCUGCAUCUUGUCGCAGGAAGAGGGAGGCCGUAUCGAUAUCUUCGUGCCAUUGGCUGCCUCAGAGGCAGGAAUGGAGCUCCUUUGCCAGCUCUCAGCACUGACUGCUGUAUGUCACAGCUCACCGACUGGGAUCGCCACAGGAUCAUACCAGCACAUUUUCAGUGAGUGGCUGCGGAAUGAUGGGGAUCCAGCUCCCCCAGCCACAUACUUCAAUGAGAGGAAGCUGCAGGAAUGGAGCAGGACAGCCCAGUUACAGGAGGAGGCCCUGAGAACAGUCCGCAAACAGAUGAGGCCAUAUUUCAGACAACUGCAGCGAGACACCUGUGCACGGAUGAUCGGGCAGCUCAUGUUUGACUCGAUGAGUACAACUCAGAUGCUUCAGAACCAGGAACUCGCUCAAGCCUUAACUGAAGGACUGAUCGCAAUGAUGAGGGAAAAGCAGGAGAACCCCCUGGGAUUUCUCGCUGACUUUCUUAGCAGCCACGCAGGGAAAAGCAAGUGGUUUAAAGUUGAAGAAACAUUCUUGACGCAAGGUGGAGGUGGGAUUGAUUCGGUGAAGGAAGGGGAAGUGGAUGAAGCUGGGAGUCUGAAUCCUCACUCUCAGCCACUUCGGGAGCAUGAGGAGACCAUGCAGGAGCUGAUCCACCCGAACAGAAGUCCAUGUGGCGAGUUUGUGGAGAGACGGACCCAGUUUGCCAGGGAGACCUUGUCAAGCGAGCAAAAUUACGUGCAGACUCUGGAGAUUGUGAAAGACAUUUACUGGGUUCGGCUCAGAGCAGCACUGGCUUCCAACCGUGCAGUCUUGAGCGUGGCCAAUAUCCACAUCAUCUUUUCUGACAUCCUCUUGAUCCUGGAACUCAACAGAAGUUUACUGAGGGACUUGAGAGAACGUCUCAGCGAGUGGGGUCCGUCGCAGUGUCUGGGAGAUGUCUUUGUGAAGUUCAGCACCAGACUGACAAACUAUACCAACUUCUUCAACAACUACAGUACCAUCCUGAAGACUAUUGACAAGUGUCGAAACACUAGUCCAGGUUUCCGUGCUUUCCUAGCCAGACACGACCGAUCGGCAGUGACGAAAAUGUUGAGUCUUCAGGAAAUGCUGCUGAGUCCCAGCAGCCGCUUCGAUGAGUACGUGAUACUGCUGAGCGCUCUGAGGCUACACACUCCCAUCCAACAUGUGGACCGCCAUGACCUCGCUGCAGCCAUUGUCAACCUCAAGCGCUUUCGGGAUUACAUCCAGCAGCUGAAAGUGCGGCAUCAGAGAGAUCAAGAGAUAGUGGAAGCCCAGAGCAGCAUUGUCGGCUCUCCUAUCUUGUUGGAGGCAAAUAGGUACCUGAUUCAGGUUCAGAAAGUGGCUCAGAUGAGUUGCCUUGAUGGAAAGAUUUGUCCUUCCUUCAGGAUUUAUGAGCACAUCAACGAUAUGAAUCUCUUCCUCUUUAACGAUGCCCUUGUUUUCACCUCAAGAACAGUUGCUCACCUGCCCUUUGAACGAACUGCAAAGACGUCUCUCCAGUUCCUAGCAGCUGUGGCUCUCUCCAGUCUGCUCAUCGAAGACAUCCCAGACUCCAAAUAUAUCCAAAAUGCAUUUGCUCUGCAAGGACCAAAACGCCAAUGGGUUUGUGCUACAGAGACAGAGGAAGACAAAAUGACCUGGCUCUCCUUACUGGCAAGUGCCAUCCGUGCUGCAAUUAGAGAGACCUAA